UUCGCGGCCCAUGUGCGAAUAUCAGAAAUUAAGAGUCACAGAAACAUACCGCCUGCUAGCCAUUCUGCCCAGCGGCACCGUGCAGACGCCGCGCUCCGCUAACCGACUGCAUCGGCCAACCAUUGUGCGGCUUAGAGCCUAUGCCUACACCUGCGACCUGAAGCUGGGAGCCAAAUACUUAAUCACCGGACAUUUUGACGGCUCUGCGAACUACGAUUUCGAGGCAUGCCAUCUAAAAAGCGAAUAGGGGCACGCCGCCAGGCUGCGGAUGCUGUCCCACUCAGUGCUUACUUCAGCAGCAGCGACGAGCCAAGUACAUCGGGAUCGCUGGCUACCCUUGGAACGAUCCCAUCGAAUGGACUCAGCCACAUCAGCAAUGUUACCCCCAUUGUAACGCCAAACCCUCAAGACAGUCUCAAGUCUGCUGCUACUCCGCCAGCAAGCGUCUGGGGCCCUGGGGCAGCACCUCUGGCAGUCCCGGCUGAAUCGGUGCCACCUUCAGGGCACAGCAUACAGCAGUCAGUGGCCAAAUGGCUAAGCUCGGUGCCCACACAAAUACAGAACACAUCAGAGCAGCAGCUGCUGGUUGAGACUUCUAUCCAGAGCAAGGCUUCAGCUCAUGAAUCUAUGAAUGCGUAUGCCACGCAGCAGGUGGACCCUCUAACGAAUCUCAAUUCCAGAACCUUCCGAACACUGCAACACGAGGCCGCAGCCGAGACCGAGGCGAAGUCGCAGCUAAGUGUGUUGCCAGAGGAACCAGCACCAGCCGCAGCCACAGCCAAUUCAGGGAAAGCAGCCGAGGCCCAGGCGACAACCUCAUCAAAGUCUACCAAUUUCCAGAGCCGGCGACGUUCCCAACGCCAGAGACGCACCUUUACGGCAAAGGAUUUAAUGUAUUUGGAUGCCAAACAGGAUGAGCAUUCGAUAAUGGGAAAUGUACAGCCGCAAGUGCAGCCGCAACCAUUGGCAAAUAAUUAUUAUUGUAGUGCUCCAGCACCAGCGCGGUCAACGGCCACGGCUGCUGGUCCGAGUCCGUUUAUUUUAACAGAUAUUCCCACAUUGGCUUCGGAUCUAAAGAUAUUGCCCAUAGAAACACUUUUGAUGCCCAAAGGGAACGAGAAUCAGCCACAGACUGGCGAACCGCUGGAGAACUGCAACCGAAUGGCAAGCCAGCAGUCGGCUUAUCGGGGCACUCGGGCGAGAACCACCGACACAGCGCAGAAUGCGACGGAUGGCUGCGGCCUACCAUCUUCCAUAUCUGGGCCAAGCCAGGCAUCUGUAUCCCCCAGUUCUUGGGGUCCAAUUUCCGAGCAGGAGUCAAGCCAGGAGCCAAAUAUGACCUCAUUCAGCGAUCUGCUGCAGCAGCAGUUGAUGGAGAACAGCCAGUCGAUGGACAGCCUUAAAAUAGAUCAGAAUACAAACAGUUCUGCUAGCCGGGAGGUUGAAUGGGAGACGGGUUGGAACCUCAGUCAGGGUGACUUGGCCAGGGAUCUAAUGUACAGUCGUCCGCUACUCAAUAUGGAUCUGGAGGAUACGCCAGCCAACAACAACGAGCGACAGUCAAUGGAGCAGGCUGACAUGCUGCAUUCCCACAACAAUGAAAUUGAGAUUAAAAUCGACGAAGCAGACGCAGAUGCAGGCACAGUCGACAAGCCUUCGGCUGUGGCACGUCAUCAGCUCUUUGGCCGCCGUCCAGCGAAUGAAACUCACCCAAAGCCAGACCUCAACUUUGUGCCGACGAGCGUGAAGAGGUUGUAUCAACUGAUAUGCUCGCAGUACUCGGACUAUGCCUUUGUCUAUGCAUUGAGCGCCCAGCUAAGCCAGGAGUGUGUGCCCAUGGACUGUUAUGUCUACUUGAAGAUGGUCCUGCUGGCCAGCAUUGUGUCCAUCGAGCCGGACGAGCUGAGGUCCCCCAUUUCGCUGUGCAUUAUUGCCACUGAUAGCACCCUGGCCAAUCGUCUGAUGUCCAGUGUGGGUCAGUUUGCCCCGCGUUUCCUGGGACCCCACGAGGGCGGUCUGCAGGCCACACACUCGGCCCUGCCCGUGCGCUACACUUGGGUGGUGGCCAGUCCCCUGCUGAUGGCCCAACAGGGCGUUUACUAUGCCGGCGAUUGGACGCGACUAUCACGCGAGCAUAGCGAGCAGCUGGAGAAGUCCAUAGAGAACGGAACGGUGCCCGUGCCGCAGAUCCAAGGCGAGCAGCCGCUCGAGGCAGCCAUUUGGACGCACUGGCAGCCGGAGAAUGCCAUCAACCAAACAGUUGCCUUUGCCAAACUGUGCCCCAUCUUUGGCAUGCCCAUUUAUAUGGGAGCGGAGGUGAGCGACAGCCUGUGGAGUUUUCUGCUGCAGCAGCACAGUGAGCACGGCCCGGAUACAUCGCAAGAUGCACUGAAUAUACCCGAAGAGGAGUUGCGUAUGCUUCUCGGCUUGCUGCACCAGCGGAAGGCAACGUUUGGGGAUGCCGCCCAAUGUUUGCUGCAAAAAUAUUAUGUGAUAUCGCGCAAGGAGCGACCAACUGUUUUCUCGAGCAAAACGUACAUUGUGCUGAAGCAGUUUGCCGAAUCAUUUGCCAAGCUGGCCAUGCGCUUGGAAGUCAUCGAAGCGGAUGUGAUUGUUGCCAUUUUCCAUUGCGAACACUUUGUGCAGGCAAUCUUUGGUGGCAAAGAUGGCUUGCCCGCACCCUCGGUGGAGACGUUCAGUGUGAUUUCGCACAUCGAUCCGUACAUGGAUGAGUUUGCACGCUGGCUGUUCCAUUACCUCGAUCAGCAUAGCGAGGAACUGCCGGACAUUCACGUCAAGCGCCGCAGAACCGACAGCUGGGAAGACAUGGAAUAAACAAACUUCCUGC